UUUACAGUUUUGGCGGAUGGACUGAUAGCGUUUUCCAGGAAUCAUGGCUGUGCAUGGGCAGGCAGUAUCAGACGUGUUGUUUGCUCAUCUGAAAGAAUUUCAACUGUUUGCGAACAUUGGAGAAAUUCUUUUAGGCUUGAGGAAGAAGAAUGUUAUAGAGGACGAUGAAUACUUGGAGGUCAUCGAUGAGAGCAAGAAGAAGCAAGCCCGUUUCCUCAUAGAAAAGAUACCUAGGGGAGGGGAUAACGCCUUCAAGGCGUUAUUGGAGUCUAUUUUUGAGAAAGACAAGCCUUUUGCAGAGAAAUUAUUGAAGUCUCUUGAGCAGCAUGAAAGUACUUCCGCCAGUUCUUUCGCCAGAAAACUUCGAAAGGAUUUGAAGUGGGCAAAUGCAGAAGGUGAAGAAUCUGAAGAGGAGUUGCCUCCCAACGAAACAAGUUCAACUUCAAAAGCUCCAAAGAAGAGGCUUAAAAAGGAUGCUGCAUCGGAGGGAGCAUCUAAUUCCAGGGCGAAAGACGGACCACCUCCAAGAAAGAGGCGUGCAAAGAGGGAUGACGCUUCUGUGAGCAAGCCAAAUGAUUCACGGAGCAGUGGGAAACGCGAUUCCAUUGCUUCGGUGGGACGGAUGAAAGGACUAAGAAAGAUUCUAUCAGACAGCAACACGAUAAUUGAUAUGGACGACUUCCUACAGGAACUUAGUCAAGAAGAGCUCAUCGCACUGCCUCAGGAACAGGACAUUAGGAGGAAGGACAAUUAUUCAGAUAAAAUGAAUGAAAUAUUUGGUAUUCUUCACAGAAAGAAGAAUCCAAAGACGACAUGUGAGAAAUUGCUCCAUGUGCUUCAAGCCAUGGAGAGGGAUGACAUUAUUGAUAGGGGCCGCACCCCUUCCACUGAGAACGUCAGCCAGCGCUCCAUCGUUGAGACACACCGAUUUGUCCCGUACAUCAUCAUCAGCGGUGCGGUCCAGCCGUCCGUCCUUCUCAUGAAGUCGGCUGCCCCGCGAACGCCGAAUCCUACGCGAUUCAACCAUGGAACGCCAUCCUCGACCAAGCCGUCGACUCCCAGCCAGAGCCAGAAGAGUGAAAACCAAGGGAGAUCUCUGGCAACGCCUAAAACACUCCGAAUGAAGGCUCCUCUCAAAGAGCGUCCUAAGAAUCCUCCCCCACCCAUUCCGAAUUCUCCAUCGAGAAGUGGCUCUCCUUUUCCGCCGAGUCCCGCCACAAAGAGGCCUCCUAAUGGCUUGAAGCUGCAGCCGCUCUCUCUUACUUCUCCAGCUGGAAAAUCUCUCACUGGGAAAACCAAUCGGAGUCCGGAAGUGUCAGACUUCGAAGCAAAGUUCGACUUCCCAUCCGUAUCGGACGUAACACCCCCAGAACCCCCAUCCAUCCUCAAAAAGACGUAUACCAGUCAAAAUCCAACCGGGCCGAAAAGACGCCCCGCCCCACCGCCUCCUCCAGGAGCGAGUCCCGCCGCGCAUCCCUCAGAAGCGCGCAGGAGAGAAGGAGAAUACGGAAAAGGAAGGGCAAUUAACAGAAACAAAAUCACUCUGAUAGGAGCCAGCGUUGCGUACGUGCUCCAUUUCGACGAGGUCGUUGACACAACGACGCAACGCUAUGGCUUGCGACUACUCAGAUUCGCCAGCAAUAGUGCAAGCGAGGAUACGACCAGGCGCCCCGAGACUCCUUCCACGCGGAUCACCUCCCUCACCCCACAACUCACCACCACCUCUUCCGGUUUUGAUGAACUUGAAGCUCAGGUUCGGAACCGGACGUUGCAAUGUGAGAUAUUCCGCGGAGGUGGAGGUGCAUGCGACAUGGCUGGAGUGGAUUACGGAGCAGUGUUGCGACGCCUCAAGAUCAUCUUCAAGGAAUGUAGGGUGAUGAUCCCGAUGGACCAGUUCUUUGAUAAACUGACGGGGAAUGACCUAAUCACGUCGGCACAAGAAAUGCAACUGAGGAACAAGGAAUACUAUACACAGAUCGACGAUACUUUCUUCAUCCUCCUCACAAAAAAUCCCAAGCCGACUUACGAGAUUAUCUCGGUCAUCCUCCAGGAUCUCAAAAGGGAUGACAUAUUGGAAAAGCUUUAUGAAGAUUUCGGUGCCCUGGGAGUAUCUUCGCAAGCAGCAACCAAUGCGCCGGGCGGAGGAGCAACGAACCCAACCCAGAUUCGAGAUUUGACGCCGAAGGAAGCCAGUGAACUCCUUACACGAAAAUGGAGCACUCUUGUGGAUGGCAUGGAGGCCGACGACGUGGCCCUGAUACUAGUUUCAACGGGCUUCCUUCCGCAUGAAUGGGAGCAGGGAGUGCCCCAAAUAAGGAAAAAGAAGAGUGAAGUGAUCCUCCAAGUCAUUCGCAGAAGAGGGCCUGCCGGAUUCCAAGCUCUUCAGAAAGCCCUUCAAGAAGUGAACCAGCUUUAUCUGCUGGAAUAAACGUGUCUCAGCUUAAAGACAUUGGACUGAGUCAAAAAUCGGAGAAGUGAAGUUCCAGAUGUAGCCAGAGCAUUUUUUCUCCUAGUUCCAUGGCGGUUUUUUAUGACCUGCUAGGAAACUGCUAAGCGGGGACCCAAGUAACACAGAAUGUCGAUGAAACGUUUCCGAAAUGUUGCCUAUGCUGCUCAAUGUUGCAAAUUGGGGUACAACAUUUAUUGAACAUUGCCUCAACGUUUUCACUUGGAAUGUUGCUGCGGCACUUCUACGUAUGCUAUUGCCACAUUUACUAUCAACAAUGAGAGAAUGUUGACGCUCUUGACAUCGACAACGUAGCAAUAACAUCCUGAUACAACAUGGACUUAAACGUUUUAUGGAAUUGUGAAGUUGUCCUUGCCACGAGAUUGAGGUGUAGGUCUUGCUUUUCGAACAGUACUCAAAGGUGUCCUUCCUUUCCCUGGAAUCGUCCCGCACAGGAAUGUUUUGUACCCAGCCAAAUGUCUCGUAUGGUCUCAUUAUAGGAAUCAAUGAGCACGGACGCCUCAUAACUUGUUAUCCUCAAAUUCCAUACAGAUUCAUGGGGCCCAGAUAAAAAACAAGUUCAUAUUCUCAAAAAGAACCCAUUCCAAGAACUCGUCAAUUGCAUCCUACAGAAGAAUAAAAACAAAGGUAGAGAGUUAGUGAUCUCAAUCCUUCAUUCCCUCAUCCUGAGAACUAGAUGAGGAAAAGAAAGACUGAAUUCGCAGAAACUCCAUAGAAUAUUGUGGGUGGGCCUUUCCUUGAAACGUGCCAUAUUUAGCACAUCCAAGGAAAUAUUACCUCCAGAAAUGUACUAUGGCUUCUGCCAAUACAUGAUACAGAUACUGUAUUAUGCAUGGGCAGGGGUUAUACCAGUACAGGUUUAGUCCUGUCGAUGGGAACGUCUGGGAAAGAGAUAAAGCAUAUGGUACGAAAUUAUGGAAAAAAUAAUUCGAUAAUGGCAGAAUAUCGGUCCAGUUCAGGACCAUAGAAGCCUAUACUUUUCCGUGUAGUAAUGCCAAUAUAGAUCCAGACCGGGUGCCGGUGAGGCAACGUUUUCCAUCAACAUUGCAGCAACGUACGUCCUGAAAAGUUUUUGCAACGUAUAUGUAAUGAAUAAGUAACGAUUUGCAACGUCAGUGCAAUUUUCCUUUGCAACAUUUGAGUUACGUUGACGUUAAGGACAUUUACACAUAGAAGCAGCAUUGUUCAUCAACAUUUCCUAAACGUUGCUAGAAUUUCCUGUGUUACUUAGGGAGGGGGGUCGCGGGUCUGAUCCAAGCCUCUUUGUACUAUUAUCAUUGUGGAAUAUAAAUCGGUGUUUGGGUUAUCUAUCUGCCACGUCUACCAAUCCUCCUCGGGUGUCAUUGUUAUACUUUAUUCUUUUCUAUUCAAGAAGUCCUUGAUGUCCUUUCCUGCCUGAAUCGAGG